AUGUCAGCACUCUCCAAGGUGCCAGACAUGGUAUUCCUGACAUUUUAUAUGCAGUGCCAUGCACGAGCAGUGGGCAGACGAGCCCGCUCGGAGCAGGAAGGUCGCAAAUCGCUGUUCUUUACAGCAUCCCAGAAUUCAGGACGUGUCGAGCGUUUGAAGAGGACGGCAGAAGAACACAUUGGGCUCAGGAGGGUGAGACUACAGCAGGCACUGACCGACUUUAGCAGGUUAGAAGAGCGGGAGGCUGAACUGAAGAAGGAGUAUAACGCUCUUCAUCAGCGGCACACAGAGAUGAUUCACAACUAUAUGGAGCACCUGGAGCGCACCAAACUUCAGCAGCUGACGGGGACCGAUCUGCUGGAAUCAGGAACACUUGGCCGGGUUCGGAAGGAUCGGCCGCUUUCCUUGGGGAUUUUUCCCCUGACUAGCGGAGACCCGCUCCUCACACCUGAUGCUCAGCGGGAUGGAGUCGAGACCCCUGGGACAGAGCACUGGCGAUUCAAUGACCUGAGCCACCCGCGCUCCAAUACAAGUCUCAAGGAGUUGGAGACUGACGAUGUGCAAAAGAUUGGUAAGAGUUCACAGGAGGCUUGGGGACAUUCGAUGGCUGCCAACUGCCAGGAUGAGCUCUCAGAUAUCAGCCAAGGUGGCUCCAAGUCUGUCACGCCGAUGUCAACGGCCGCAUCGGAUGUGGCAAUGCCUUCUGUUGACACGCCCCUACGGGAGGAAGCCGAGGGAUUGUCUAAGAAUCUCAACACGGCGAGCAAUAAACCAGACAGCAGCAAGAACAUCGAAGUUCAAGUAGCCCCAGGUACUAGGACAGUCUCCAUUGGUUUAUCAGAAAAUGAUGACAAAUCAGAUGUGCAGGCCAUUAUUGAAUCUACUCCAGAGCUGGAUAUGGACCUCAGCGGGUACAAGGGAGCAAGCACGCCAACCAAAGGAAUUGAAAACAAAGCAUUUGAUCGCAACACUGAGUCUUUGUUUGAAGAGCUGUCAUCUGCCGGAUCGGGGCUUAUUGGGGAUGUGGACGAGGGAGCAGAUCUUCUGGGGGAAUACUCUGAUCAUAGUUUCUUUGGUAUGGGACGUGAGGUUGAAAAUCUAAUUCUGGAGAACACCCAGCUUCUGGAGACAAAAAAUGCUCUGAACGUGGUGAAGAAUGACUUGAUAGCCAAGGUGGAUGAUCUGUCCUGUGAGAAGGAGGUCCUGAAAGGAGAGCUGCAAGCUGUGAAACAGGCCAAGCAGAAACUGGAGGAGAGAAACCGUGAACUAGAGGAAGAACUGAAAAAGGCUCGUGUAGAAAUUGAAGAGGCAAAGCAAAAGUCAAAGGAGGAAGAUGAUAGUGAUGUGCCCACAGCGCAGAGGAAAAGGUUUACCAGAGUGGAGAUGGCGCGUGUUCUCAUGGAGCGCAAUCAGUACAAAGAAAGGCUGAUGGAGCUGCAGGAGGCGGUGCGAUGGACUGAGAUGAUACGAGCUUCCAGAGAAAACCCAGCGCUGAACGAGAAGAAGAAGUCCAGCAUCUGGCAGUUCAUCUUCAGCCGUCUCUUCAGCUCUUCAAGUAACACGGCGCGGAAGCCUGACCCUCCGGUCAAUGUGAAGUUCAACGCCCCGACCUCUCACAUUACGCCGACGGUCAAGAAGAGGAGCACCACGCUGUCUCAGCUGCCAAGUGACAAAUCAAAGGCAUUUGACUUCCUUAAUGAUGAGUGAGAAUUAUUGUUUAAUUCAGGAAUUCUUUAUUUCUUUACAUUGCUAUACAUUUGCUUGUUUGCUGUGGACAGCAGGGGUGGCUCAACGGGUCAUUUUAAAUGAAUCAGAUGCCACAACACUGGACUGGCUGACAAAGGCACAAAAACAUGGAUGGAUGGUUAUAACAAAUUUAUUUCUAUAGCACACCUUUGUACCAAGCAUGUAGCUCAGGGGUGCCCACACUUGUUCGGCUUGCGAGCUACUUUUAAAAUGACCAGGUUGAAAUGAUCUACCUAC